GCAGCUGUCGGCGCCGGAGACCGCGGAUCCACGCAGGCGGCGCCCGCGCCUCAGCUCCCGGCCGGCCCGCGCGCUCUCCCGACCGCCGGGGCCGUCUGCAGCCUCCCGCCGCUGCCGCCGCACGGUCGGCGGCGCCGCUGCUCGUCUUCCAGCCUCUGCCCCUUCCUGCAAAAGAUCAAGAGAAGGAAAUCAAGGAGCCACUCUUAUAACUUACCAGAUAACCCCAGCAGGCUCAGUAGACAGACCAAGUUCCCAGGAAAAAAGCUACAGGCACUUGAGGAUAAACUGCUUCCAACAGCUUUUACCUUAAAGCUGACCUGGAAGACUCUGGCUCCCAAUUACAAGUUAUUAUUUUCAGAGCCACUUCAGAUAUGCUGUUUGACAUCUUAGGCCCAGUGAGUUUGGUCUUCACCGUUUGGACACGUCCCUCCCAGUUACACGAAGCUUUCUACCUUCUGAGGUGUUUUGGACACCCUCAAUACUUGCCUCAUCUUUUCUAGUCAAACCUGAUUCAUGAAAUGGACUAAAGCUGAAAAAUCAUCUGCUUCUUUGUCUGUGAAUUUGAGACACGAUUGGGAUGGUCUUCAGUGCAUACAACUAGACUCAAACUGCAGCUAUGAGUUCAGAUGAGAAGGGCAUAUCCCCUGCUCAUAAAACAUCCACCCCCACCCAUAGAAGUGCCUCCUCUUCGGCAUCCUCUCAAAGGGACAGUAGGCAGAGUAUCCACAUACUGGAGAGGACUUCUUCCUCUAGCACUGAACCCUCUGUAAGUCGGCAGCUGCUGGAACCGGAGCCGGUCCCCCUCUCCAAGGAAGCUGACAGCUGGGAAAUUAUAGAAGGGCUGAAAAUAGGCCAAACCAAUGUCCAGAGACCAGACAAACAUGAAGGCUUUAUGCUAAAGAAGAGAAAAUGGCCUUUAAAGGGCUGGCACAAGCGUUUUUUUGUCCUGGAUAACGGAAUGUUGAAGUAUUCAAAGGCACCACUUGAUAUUCAAAAAGGGAAGGUCCACGGAAGCAUCGAUGUCGGACUCUCUGUCAUGUCAAUUAAAAAGAAAGCUCGGAGAAUAGACCUUGACACAGAAGAACACAUCUAUCAUUUGAAGGUGAAAUCCCAGGACUGGUUUGAUGCAUGGGUCUCCAAACUGCGCCAUCAUCGAUUGUAUCGGCAGAAUGAAAUUGUGAGGUCACCACGAGAUGCUAGUUUUCACAUAUUUCCUUCAACCUCCACAGCUGAAUCCUCACCAGCUGCUAAUGUUUCUGUUGUGGAUGGAAAGGCGCAGCCGAACAGCUUUCCAUGGCAGUCCCCUUUACCAUGCGGUAGCAGCCUCCCUGCAACCUGCACGACCGGGCAGAGCAAAGUGGCCGCCUGGCUACAAGAUUCGGAAGAAAUGGACAGGUGUGCAGAAGACCUUGCACACUGCCAGUCAAACCUGGUGGAACUUAGCAAACUCCUGCAGAAUUUGGAAAUACUUCAGAGAACUCAGUCAGCGCCUAACUUUACUGACAUGCAGGCUAACUGUGUAGAUAUUUCAAAGAAAGACAAGCGGGUCACAAGACGAUGGAGAACAAAAAGUGUCAGCAAAGAUACAAAAAUACAACUGCAGGAAGGGCCAUCUUCGAAGGGCCAGUUCAGCACAACUCGGCGCCGGCAGAGGCUAGCAGCAGCAGUGGCUACAACAGUUCCUUUCAGUGCUACCAUGUCCCCGGUUCGCUUGCAUUCCUCCAACCCCAACCUUUGUGCAGAUAUUGAAUUUCAGACUCCCCCUAGCCACCUCACAGACCCUCUGGAAAGUUCAAUGGAUUAUACAAAGCUUCAAGAAGAAUUUUGUCUAAUUGCACAGAAAGUGCAUUCUCUUUUGAAGUCAGCGUUUAAUAGCAUAGCUAUAGAGAAGGAGAAGCUUAAGCAGAUGGUUUCUGAGCAGGAUCACAAUAAAGGCCACAGCACGCAGAUGGCACGGCUCCGACAGUCACUGUCUCAGGCACUCAACCAGAAUGCUGAACUAAGGAGUCGGUUGAACAGAAUACAUUCAGAAUCUAUUAUUUGUGAUCAGGUUGUCAGUGUAAAUAUUAUUCCUAGCCCUGAUGAGGCUGGUGAGCAAAUCCAUGUCAGUCUCCCCCUGUCACAACAAGUAGCCAAUGAGAGCCGCCUCUCCAUGUCGGAGUCUGUCUCUGAGUUCUUCGAUGCCCAAGAAGUGCUCCUCUCUGCAAGCUCAUCAGAGAAUGAGGCUUCAGAUGAUGAGUCUUACAUCAGUGAUGUGAGUGAUAAUAUAUCUGAAGACAACACCAGUGUUGCAGACAACAUUUCUCGGCAAAUCUUGAACGGGGAGCUUACAGGAGGAGCCUUCCGAAACGGCCGUCGAGCACGCCUGCCAGCUCCCUGUCCUGACACCAGUAACAUUAACCUAUGGAAUAUCUUGAGGAACAACAUUGGUAAAGACCUGUCUAAAGUCUCCAUGCCUGUGGAGCUAAAUGAGCCACUCAAUACUCUGCAGCACCUCUGCGAGGAAAUGGAGUAUAGUGAGCUUCUGGACAAGGCUUCGGAAACGGACAGUCCCUAUGAGCGCAUGGUUCUUAUUGCUGCAUUUGCAGUUUCAGGAUAUUGCUCCACCUAUUUCAGAGCAGGAAGUAAGCCAUUCAACCCUGUCCUUGGGGAGACUUAUGAAUGCAUUAGAGAGGACAAAGGAUUCCGUUUUUUCUCAGAACAGGUUAGCCAUCAUCCACCCAUUUCUGCCUGUCACUGUGAAUCCAAGAAUUUUGUGUUUUGGCAAGAUAUCAGAUGGAAAAACAAGUUCUGGGGGAAGUCAAUGGAAAUCCUGCCUGUGGGAACCCUGAAUGCCAUGCUUCCAAAGUAUGGAGAUUGCUAUGUGUGGAAUAAGGUCACCACGUGCAUACACAACAUCCUGAGUGGGAGGAGAUGGAUAGAGCAUUACGGAGAAGUAACCAUUAGAAAUACCAAAAGCAGUGUUUGCAUUUGCAAACUCACAUUUGUCAAGGUGAAUUAUUGGAAUUCCAAUGUGAAUGAAGUCCAGGGGGUUGUGAUGGAUCAGGAAGGGAAGGUGGUGCACCGGCUGUUUGGGAAGUGGCAUGAAGGGCUAUACUGCGGUGUGGCCCCUUCCGCCAAGUGCAUCUGGAGACCAGGUUCCAUGCCGACCAACUAUGAGCUCUACUAUGGCUUCACAAGGUUCGCUAUUGAGCUUAAUGAGUUAGAUCCUGUACUAAAAGAUCUCCUUCCACCAACAGAUGCCCGAUUCCGGCCAGAUCAGAGAUUUUUGGAAGAAGGAAGUUUAGAAGCUGCAGCAGCAGAGAAGCAAAGAGUAGAGGAACUCCAGAGAUCUCGAAGACGAUACAUGGAAGAAAACAACCUUGAACAUAUACCAAAAUUUUUUAAAAAAGUGAUUGAUGCCAAUCAAAGAGAAGCCUGGGUUUCUAACGACACCUACUGGGAGCUGCGAAAGGACCCUGGGUUUAGCAAAGUAGACAGCCCUGUUCUUUGGUAAACUGGGAAUAUAGAGCUAGCCAACAUAACACGCUCUGAAUGAAUAAAUAACUAUGCACAAUUAUGUUUCUUAGAGCUCCGCGUGGUUUCUGGGUCGACUGAAAACCGACCAUUUGCUUUUCUAUUCAUCUUUAUAAUGGACUUUCAGAAGUGCAUUAGACAAGGCCCCUAACCACUUUCAGAUCCUUUCUGUUUUGCUGCAACCAUAUUCCUUAAAAAAGUCCACACCCUCCUCGAAAAGCAGAAUAAAAGGAGCAGAAUAUAAAAUCCAAGGUCUGAAGAGUCGAAAAAGAAAAACAAACUGUAACUGGUGCUUAAAGCUGAUCCAGAGAGUUUAAAGCAACAUGACAUAUGAACCACGCAUUUGGUCCUUUUCUGGAAGCGCCAUGCCCUCGUUGCAGGAGCUCCUGGGCCACAGCAGUCAGCUCAGAUGUCGAGUGUGUCUAUUUGAUGUGGUGUACUUGUGCUGGCCUUGUCAAAAAAGACGAUGCUUUUUUGACAUCGUGAUGCUUCUCAGAACCUGUUCCAUCUGUACGCCAUUGUUCAUGCCUUAAGAAAUGCAAAGAUGUACAAUAAAUCAUUUUUUAAAUGUGUGCUCCUAGGUUUAUGUGAAGGACAGAUCUUUUGAAUCAUGGCAUGAUUCACUUUCUGGGAUCAGAAGAAUUGUGAGACUAACUCAAAUGGAUUGAAAAAAGUAAACAACAUGUGCUUUACUUUGAUAUAUUGGUUACUGUAUCAUAUGUCUGAAGGGCAAGAAGGAAAAGGUGUGCUAAGUAGAUCUCUGUAUUCAGUUGCUCGUCAGUUUCCUGUCCUGCGUACAGUUAAUAAACCAUCCCUCUUCCACCUAA